GUAUAUCCGGAGUACGGGUGGAGGAAAAGCUGACGGUCAGCUAGUAAUGAUAAAAACUCGAGCUCGAGCAGUUUGAACGUUUAAUCUCUGAUUUAAACUAAAUUGCACUACGUUUGUUAAGGGUGUGAGGAAUAAUAAUAAUAAUUAUUAUCAUUAUUAUUAUAAUUAACGGGUUAUUUGUAGUCGAGGUUGUGUCAGAGAGGAAACAUGCUAGCAUAUCUUUGCGUCAGCUUUAGUUAGCUUGCUAGUAUUGUAUUGUUAACUAGCUGCGGUUUAACUCGGAGAUUCCGCUAACUAACUAGCUGUGUUGUGAAGGUUAUGGUUAUGGACACAUGGAGUCCGUGCGUUUUGUUUAUAGAUCCAGACUACAGUCUUGUUAGCUAAUUAGCUAGCUGCGUGUGUUUAUGACUAACCGAGUGAUGUUCUAGUUAAUUAGUUAUCUGUUUAUUUGCAUCGUCUUAACGGGUUAGAAAGGCAGGAUGUAUUUCACACACAAGACCUGCUUUCUGCUGCUGCUCCUCUCGGUCAUCAGCCUGAAAGUGACCGCUGAUGUGGAACAGGAAGCUGAGGAUGUCCAGGAGACCUCUCCCUCUCAGUAUCCACCCGACGAGGACGAGAUUGUGGUGACAGGACGCACGGUUUCCCCCGAGGAAGCGGCAGAGAUGGCGGCUGAGCUUCAGCGUGAGGACAGGAGAGAGCGAGGAGAGGAAGGAGAACCUGAGGAGAUCCUGAAGGAGGAGGAGCUUCCAAGCCAACCUCCUCCUGUAGACCCCAAGCCCAGGGAGGUUCCUGUGGUAAUCGGUGGCACCGCCUCCGGGGAGCCCUGCCUGUUCCCCUUCCUGUUCAUGGGGAAGGAGUACUCGGACUGUACCACCGAGGGCAGGGGGGAUGGACGCCUGUGGUGCGCCACCACCUACGACUACGACCAGGACAAGAAGUGGGGCUUCUGUGAAACGGAGGAGCAGGCGGAGCAGCGGAGGCUGGCGGAGGAGGCGGAGGAGCAGUACCAACACACACUCCGACUCCUGAACACCACCAGCAGACGGAGUCAGAGGAGAGAGUUGUACGAGAAGCUGGUGAAGGUGGCAGAGAUGGGCCACACCAAGGCCAUGGAGAAGGUGGGCUACGCCAUGCUGCUGGGGGAUUACCUGCCCCAGAACCUUCAACAAGCCAGGGAGAUUUUUGAGAAGCUGGCGCUGGAGGGUUCACCCAAAUCUCAGACGGCUCUGGGGUUCCUCUAUGCAGCUGGAUUAGGAGUGAACUCCAGUCAAGCUAAAGCGUUGGUGUACUACACAUUUGGAGCUCUGGGAGGAAACCUGGUGGCACACAUGAUCCUGGGUUACAGGUACUGGGGAGGUGUUGGGGUUCCUCAGAGCUGUGAAUCUGCCCUCACUCACUACAGACUGGUAGCCAAUCAUGUGGCCAAUGAUGUGUCCCUGACCGGGGGCAGCGCGGUGCAGAGGAUCAGGCUGCUGGACGAGGUAGAGAACCCUGGUUCUCCCAGUGGGAUGUUGGAGGAGGAUCUGAUCCAGUACUACCAGUUUCUGGCUGAAAAGGGGGACGUCCAGGCGCAGGUGGGUUUGGGUCAGUUACACUUACAUGGAGGUCGAGGAGUGGAGCAGAAUCAUCAGAGAGCGUAUGAGUAUUUUAACCAGGCGGCUAAUGCAGGAAACACACACGCUAUGGCUUUCCUGGGAAAGAUGUACUCAGAGGGCAGUGAGUUUUUACCCCAGAACAAUGAGACAGCGCUGCAUUAUUUUAAGAAGGCCUCAGAGCAGGGGAACCCGGUGGGUCAGAGUGGACUCGGCAUGGCCUACCUGUAUGGCAGAGGUGUUCCUGUGAACUAUGAGCUGGCUCUCAAGUACUUCCAGAAAGCUGCAGAGCAAGGCUGGGUAGAUGGACAGCUACAGCUGGGAACUAUGUACUACAAUGGUAUCGGAGUGAAGCGUGACUAUAAACAAGCUCUGAAGUUCUUUAACCUGGCGUCUCAGGCAGGUCACAUCCUGGCCUUCUAUAACCUGGCUCAGAUGCACGCUACAGGAACCGGCGUGAUGCGUUCCUGUCACACGGCCGUGGAGCUGUUUAAGAACGUGUGUGAGCGCGGGCGCUGGUCGGAGAGGAUGAUGAGCGCUUACGGAAGCUUUAAGGAGGGAGACAUCGACUCCGCUCUGGUUCAGUAUCUGCUCCUGGCUGAACAGGGCUAUGAGGUGGCGCAGAGUAACGUGGCCUUCAUCCUCGACCAGAAGCAGUCCCGGAUCUUCAGUGAAAAUGAAACCUACCCUCGAGCUCUUCUUCACUGGACCAGAGCAGCUGCACAAGGUUACACGGUGGCCAGGAUUAAGCUGGGUGAUUAUCAUUUCUAUGGUUACGGUACUGACGUGGACUAUGAGACAGCAGUGAUCCACUACAGACUGGCGUCCGAGCAGCAGCACAGCGCACAGGCCAUGUUCAACCUGGGAUACAUGCACGAGAAAGGACUCGGUAUCAAACAGGACAUCCAUCUGGCUAAACGUUUCUACGACAUGGCUGCAGAGGCGAGUCCUGACGCCCAGGUGCCCGUGUUCCUCGCCCUGUGCAAACUGGGACUGCUCUACACACUGCAGUACCUCCAGGAGCUGAACCUGAAAGAGCUUCUCUCUCAGGUGGAUCUGGACCAGUUGCUGGGUCCAGAGUGGGAUCUUUACCUCAUGACCGUGAUCGCUCUGCUCUUGGGUACAGUCAUCGCAUACAGACAGAGACAGCACCAACCCGUCCCGAGAGCUCCACCUGCCGCACCAAGACCCGUCCCCCAGCCGGAGCAGGGUGGCCCCGCCCCUGAAGCUGACCGUGAUUAAAGCUUUACAGAGAACGCAGUGAAUGGACACUCACGAGAGACCUGAGACUGGGAAGAGGGUGGAGCCUGAGCCGCACGCUCCACCCACACCAGUGUUAACUAAAGGGACAGACCACUCCCUUGAUGUUCAGUGGGGGUGUCUCUCACACACACACACACACACACACACACACACACACACACAUAUACACACACACCAUGUGCUUAGAGAAGUCGGACUUGGCUCUAAAGCGUACGGCUCAGGGUAAUAACAAACCGAGGCUUCACGUGUGUGUGUGUGUGUGUGUGUGUGCAGAUUAUUGCACACUCUUCAGGGUGAAAUACGGUACUUUUGGACAGUGAGAACCUGCUGUGUUCCCCUCUUUAACAUGGUUCUGAUUAAAGUACCCUGUCCCACUUUUUUUAAAGGCUAAAUAAGAAGUGCAACACACUGGAAAUCAUUAAAAACGCAACGACAAAACAAACACAACGUUAGCAUGCUUUGCUGUUAUGUUAUGUGUGUCCUAGCCAGAGUGGAGAUCAUUUAUAACGAUAAAUUAUUAGGAAGAUGUUUCUCCAGCACAGAAUGUAGGUAGAGUAGAAUCAUUAAAGUCCCCCUGAAGGCCACAGCAUCCUGUUUCACCUCCAGAGGAGGAGGAAGGGGAGGAGGAAGGGGAGGAGGAAGGGGAGGUGGAGGGAGGGUUAGAGGUUUCUUGGCUUGUAUACGUUUUGUGAUGUCACUAUAUGCUGUGGACCAAUCACAGCUGAUAUGCAAAUGAUUUGAGUGUGAGGUGUGGAGAGCUGAGCCUCAUGCUGGAGAAGGUGAUGUUCAGGGGGACGUGAGGAUCAUCUCCGCUUCAGGAUUCUUCUCUUAGUGUUUUUUUCCCUAAAUGUUUCAUUAUUUCUGUCUUUGCUUUGUUUUAUUGUUACAAAGGCAGAGUGUCUUAUACUUCACAUGUAACACACACACACACACACACACUCUGCAGUGCAUCUUCACUCAGUCAUUACUGUAUUCACCUCCUGUUUAUUAUUUUUCUUUCUUUCUUUCUUUCUUUCUUUCUUUCUUUCUUUCUUUCUUUCUUUCUUUCUUUCUUUCUUUUUACUGUAUUUGUUUCUCUCUGUCUUUUAUUCCUUUCUGCAUCUUUAUAUUUAUUUCUUUACAUUAAGCUGUUUCUUUUUGCUUCAUUUUCUCUCUCUCUCUCUCUGUGUGUGUGUGUGUGUGUGUGUGUGUGUGUGUGUGUGUGUGUGUGUGUGUGUGUGUGUGUGUGUGUGUGUGUGUGUGUGGUGAUACAGUAAUCUGUAAAAAGAAAUCACAUUCUGUCUUUCGGUCUUAUUCUCAUUUUGUUUUUCAUAACUUUCAUAGCUAAAGAUCUGCGUCUUUGUAUUUGCCAUGUUGAACUCACACACACACUCUCUCUCACACACACACACACACUCUCUCUCUCACACACACACACACACUCUCUCUCUCACACACACACACACACUCUCUCUCUCACACACACACACACACACACACACUCUCUCUCUCUCUCACACACACACACACACACACUCUCUCUCUCACACACACACACACACUCUCUCUCUCACACACACACACACACUCUCUCUCUCUCUCACACACACACACACUGUCACUCACACACACACUCACACUCUCUCUCACACACACACUCUCUCUCUCUCUCUCUCUCUCUCUCACACACACACUCUCACCCACUGCAGAAAUUCAGAUGUAUACUGUGGAAUAUUAAAGGCUGGUUAUUGAGUGUGUUUAUUAAAGUGAGCAGAAACGUCACCAUCUGUUUCACAAAAUAAACCAAGAGCAGACGAUCAUAA